AUGCAAUUCUCAACUCUCGCUGUGUCCCUCGCUUUCAUCGCUUCGGCGACAGCUGUAACAUUGAGCGGCUUCCCCAACCCCUUUACCUGCGGUACCUUCAACGGGACCCAGACAUGGACCGAAGAAGAACUCAAGGCCCUCGUCGUUGGUGUCGACAAGAGUACCCCGUUUGAAGAAAGCGCCUCCAACAUUGCGAGCGGCAGAUGUGUACGGAUGAGACUCCCGUACUACCUUGUCGGAUUAGGCAAGGGUGCCAGCACUUUGGGAUUCGCGUACGACGAGGCGAACGAAAUCUAUGAGUAUUGCUUCUCGCAAACCGUUGACUUGAACGGUGACCGCUGGCCCGACGCCUGUUAA